CGCGAUCUCUCUCCGGUCGCCUUGAUCGUGCCGGCCAUGGCGGAAUCCGCCCAAUCCCGCGGCGACUCGGGUUCUUCGGCAGUUAAACGGAAGUGCCCACCCUGCCAACAAGAUGACGGCGACGACGACCGCACCGGUUCAAACUCUCACAAUGGAAUCAACUCAUGGAACAGCCUUUCCGAGGAUGUCGUGCAUCAUAUACAUGGCCUAAUGCCGCUGCGAGACGCAGCACGUGCUGCGUGCGUGUCUCGAUCAUUUCGACGUUCCUGGAGACACUAUCCUAACCUCACCUUCGGCAUGAAAGAACUGGGCUUGAUUGGAAAAGCAGCCACAGUGGACGAAGGAGCAAUGGAUCUUCUAAGCAGAACUGACCAUAUCUUUGGAAAUCAUUCAGGCAUCGGAGUGAAGACGCUUGAGCUUCACCUCCCCUGGAAGUGGAACAGACUCGACACCUCUUACGUCGACAGGUUCCUCAAGGCUGCCAUUGCACCCGGUAUCCAAGAACUCACCGUGAUGCUGCCCUUGUUCCGGCACUGCAGAACAGACUACAACUUCCCGUGCUCGCUUUUAUCAGGCGAGAGCGGGCGGUCAAUUCGGUAUCUUAAACUCACCAAUUCUAUUUUCCAUCCCACCGCCGGACUUGGUUGCCUGACGAGAUUGCACCUGCGGUCCGUGCGCAUCAGCGAUGACGAGUUGGGGUGCUUCCUUUCUGAUUCUUUGGCUUUGAGGCAUCUGCGACUCUCUUGUUGUGAUGAGAUCGUCUGCUUGAAGAUACCUUGCCUGCUGCGGCACCUCAGGUCCCUGGAGGUGUUUCAAUGUAAGAUGCUACAUGCAAUUGAGAGCAAUGCCCCAGAUAUCUCUAGUGUAGACCUUGGACUUGGCGACCAAGUGGAUUUCUCACUCUCACUGGGAGAUGGUUCAUCUCAAGUGAAGCAGCUCCGAAUAUCACCUGCAUCCCCAAGUUAUGCUCUCGGCAAGCUUCCAUCAAUUACACUCGCUCUUGAAGCCCUUAACAUAUCGUUGUUGCCACACGAGGUGAGCACACCAAUGGUGCCUGGAAAAUUCCACCACCUCAAGUACUUGAAUAUUUCUCUUCCCGCUGUCUCGGCAGCAGAUGAAUAUGAUUAUUUGUCUCUGUUAGCUUUUCUUGAUGCUUCUCCUGCCUUAGAGACUCUCGUCUUGAGGUCAGCGAGGAUUAUGAACUGUGUUAACAGAGGCUACGGUAGGAUUCACCGUGAUGUUUCACAUUUGGCGCGGGGGCAAGAAUUUCGCCAUGAUAGCCUCAAGAAUGUGACGAUCUAUAGUUUCUACUCUGCUAAGAGCAUGAUUGAGUUAACCUGUUGUAUGCUGAAGCACACGGCUUCACUUGAGUGCCUGACGCUGGACACCACCUAUGGUUACUCUAGGUGUUCCUCAUGCAGAAGCGGCAGGUGCUUCCCCAUGGACACGCGUGAUGUCCUACAAGCCAAGAAAGCGCUCGUGGCUAUAAGAAGAUACAUCAAGCCCGAAGUACCCUGUAAUGUCAACUUGAUUGUUGUGGAGCCUUGCAGUUCCUGUCAUGUGAGCGAUAACUGAUUCUAUACUUUUCUGUUUCAACUUAGAACUGCAUAUUUACAUGGUAUUAGAGAUACGGAAAAAAAAUGUCA